GUCUAAAAAUUUCUCUCCGGCCACCUUCUCUCUCCUCCCACCGACUCCUUCGGCAAUGCCGCCGCGGCGCGCGCGCGCGCGCGGCCGCCGGCGCUGCUAGAUCCUUGCACGAUCCACGCCGCAGCCGGGAGCCCUUAAACCUGCGCAGCGAGACGACCAAUGCACGAGCGCGCCCGGCCAGGGCGCGGGAGACGACCGUGCGCGUGCCGCGUGUCACCGAUGCCGCCCCCCGGCGAAGACCCCGACGCGCCGCCCUCGUGCAGCAGCUCCGACAUCAGCGAGCCGCAGGACCAGCAGCGCUCGGAGCGGGCGCUCUCCAACGGAGAUCUCUACCUGGGCCAGUGGCGCGGUGGCGUGCCACACGGCGACGGCAAGUACCUGUGGGCGGAUGGCUGCAUGUACGAGGGCGAGUGGCGCCGCGGCAAGGCCACCGGACGCGGGAGGUUCUCUUGGCCGUCGGGAGCCACCUACGAGGGCGAGUUCUUGGACGGGUUCAUGCACGGCGCGGGAACCUACGUGGGCGCCGCGGGGGACAGCUACCGCGGCGCGUGGGCCAAGAACCUCGAGCACGGCGCCGGCGAGAAGCGAUACGCCAACGGCGACUGCUACGACGGCGAGUGGCGGGCGGGGCUUCCGGACGGGUGUGGCCGCUACACCUGGCGCGAUGGCACCGAGUACGCCGGCGGCUGGCGCGCGGGGCUCAUCCACGGCCGCGGCGCCCUGGUCUGGGCGAACGGCAACCGCUACGAUGGCGGCUGGGAGGGCGGCCGCCCGCGCGGACAGGGCAUGUUCCGGUGGUCGGACGGCAGCCUGUACGUCGGGUUCUGGGGCCGGGAGGCCCCCGGCGGCGCCCUGCACCAGAAGGGCGUGUACUACCCAUCCCCGGGGGCGGCAGGCGAGACGAGGACGCGCGACCCGAGGGAGGUGUUCACGAGGGAGCUGCCGGAGUGUGUGCGCUCUGGCACGGAAAGCCAGUCGGCGCUGCCGUCACUGAGGUCUCUAAAAUGGCUGGCGCGGUCAGUCAGUGGGCGCGGGAGCUCGUCGUCGGGCCGGAGCAAUCUUUCGGGUGGGAGUAAUUGGGGUUCAGAUGGAGACGUCAAGUGCGAGCUUGCUGACGACUGGAAGCGUCGUAACAGUACGAGGGAGGGUAGGGGGCUGCUGCCGCUCCCUUCGCCGGCGCCAGCGCCACAAGUAGCCAAGGGUGCACCGCUGCGGGUGUCGAAGCGGCAGGGGGAGACCAUUGCCAAGGGGCACAAGAACUACGAGCUCAUGCUCAACCUGCAGCUGGGCAUCAGGCAUGCAGUAGGAAGGCAAGGUCAGGUUAUACUAGAUCUGAAAUCAUCAGCAUUUGACCCAAAGGAAAAAGUAUGGACAAAAUUCCCCCCAGAAGGCUCGAAAUAUACCCCUCCACACAAUUCUAGCGAUUUCAAAUGGAAAGAUUACUGCCCAAAGGUGUUCUGGACAUUGCGCAAGCUGUUCAAGGUCGAUCCAGCCGACUAUAUGCUAUCUCUGUGUGGAGAUGAUGCUCUACGUGAGCUCUCAUCCCCUGGUAAGAGUGGAAGCUUCUUUUACUUGACAAACGAUGAUCGAUACAUGAUAAAGACAAUGAAGAAAUCUGAAGUAAAGAUGCUUCUGAAGAUGCUUCAUGCUUAUUACAAUCAUGUCCGCGCAUUUGAGAAUACCCUAGUGGCAAAGUUUUUUGGUCUACACUGUGUGAAGUUGGCUGGAGCAAACCAGAAGAAGGUUCGUUUUGUCAUAAUGGGGAACCUGUUCUGCUCCGAUCACACUAUUCAUAGGCGAUUUGAUCUGAAAGGAUCAUCUCUUGGCCGGACAACUGACAAGCCACAGGCAGAGAUUGAUGAGCAUACAACUCUGAAAGAUCUUGAUCUUAAUUUUAUCUUUCGGUUGCAAAAACAAUGGUUUGAAGAGUUCCGAAGGCAAGUGGACAAAGACUGUGAAUUUCUGGAGCAGGAGAAGAUUAUGGAUUACAGUCUCUUGGUGGGCGUACAUUUUAGAGGUGCCAUUGACAUCGAUGGUGAGAAACCUGCCACACCCCGCGUUUCAAGAUGGGACAGGAAUCACUUUCUUUCUGAUCCAAACAGGUGGUGUAAGAUUAAACUUGGGGCGAAUAUGCUGUCAAGAGCUGAACUGACAAUCCGAAAGAACGACUGUGAUGUUAUUGGAGAGCCAACUGGGGAAUACUGUGAUGUUAUAUUGUAUUUUGGAAUAAUAGACAUACUUCAAGACUACGAUAUAGGCAAAAAGAUUGAGCAUGCAUACAAAUCUUUCCAAUAUGACUCUACAUCCAUUUCAGCGGUAGAUCCAAGACAGUACUCCAGGCGCUUUAAAGAUUUCAUAUACAAAGCAUUCCAAGAAGACAGAGUAGACAGCUAAAAGCAUAUGGACACCUUCUCCAGCAGCUGAUGUAAUUUUGAAAGCGAAGAUCAACUUUUCUGGGCCAAAGAUCAAGCUGAGCAUAAUGCAGCAUAGCAUGUCAUGUGCAAAUUUGUACCUUGUCGGUUGCCUUCAGCAGCUUCCGUAGAAGACAUCAGGAUGAGUGAGUUGCUGGAGAACCUGCUGAUGCUUCGCCUUCCAGGAAUUGGAUUAGCUUUCAUGUAAUAUAUGAGUAGCUACGUACAUAACACACGGACUUCACUCACUAAUAUUUACAGGAGUAGAUGUAACUUCCAGAUUCAAAUCACACAUAGAAGCAUGUAACCACAAGUGCACAGGCCAGUCAGGGGUUGCAAAUGCUCUUUUGCCUGAGGAUACCAAUGUCACCAUUCCUGAAAGUUAACCAUAUUGAAAGUCUGAAACCUUUGGCA